AUGGAAAAUCUCAGGAAUAUCUUGACUGGACAAAAUCCAGAACAACCUUUUAUAAUGGGUAGACGAUUUCGACCUUUUGUCAAACAAGGCUAUUUGUCUGGGGGUGGCGGUUAUGUCAUGUCGCGUGCUGCAUUGUUGCGAUUCCAUGAGGGCAUACUGCAUGAACCCAAGUGCGAGAAGGAUGCACUUGAUGAAAACGAGGACGUCCGGAUUGGUCAGUUAUGUUUUGAUUAA